AUGGUAGCUGAGUGCACGGAUACCAUCGCAGGCAGCUCUGCCGUCGGCUGUGACGUCGUGGCGUCUAGGCUGGCGGAGAGGUUGGAUUCGCUGUCGCUAGAUGGACCUCUGGCAGAUGCGCUUCGGAACGGAGACUUCGACGCGACCGCAGGCGCCGCACGCUGCGAGCUGGAAAUUGAAGUUCGUCUAGGAUCCAUCAAGAACACGUAUGAUGGGCAACGGUUCACACUGCCGCUUGAGACCGACGCUUUGCUCAGCGAAAGAGCGUCGGUCAGGUUCCAGUCGAGCGUAUCCAGCGGACAGUUUCAGGCUGCGUCUGGGUUCCUGAAGCAAAUCGCUGAGAUCAGCGAUGACCGUCUGGACUGGCAGACGCAGAUGGGAGUGCUAACUUUCGACCGGUUCUUCAAGUUACCCGAGUACGAUGAAAGCGUCAGGAUCAGUGUGCCUCAGAACCAGACGACGGCACGUGCUAAGACAUUCGAGGCCAUCCGCAAGGUGAAACUGCUCACGUGGAACGUCUCCACUGGCAGUGCCUCGCGGGAGUCGCAGCUGGGUGACGACUCGGGCGAGACUGGCGAUCAAGAACAUCUAGAUUACAGGGUUGCAGUUAACCUCGAGUACCGCGUGCCUGUACGUGAGCUCCCCAGCACCAGCUCCGCUACGACAAGGAGGAAGAAGUCGCGUAAUACAUUCAUCCAUAGCGAAGCACACGUCAGGUUCGACCUUACGCAAGUCCAAACAGUUGGGAACGACUCUUCUGGCGGAGACGAUGGUCCGUGCCAAUACGAGGUUGAGGCUGAGCUGCUGGGUGCGGUCGUUCUAGAUGUGCUUAAGCGGGAAGCAAUACCCCAGUCGGAACGGCUACAACGGCUUAAGUACCACUGCUCAACGCUUGUAAAUGCCGUAAAGCACCUCCGAGACAUCAUUAUGAGAGGUGACACGUAUUCCGAUCCUGGAACUGCAAUGGUGGGGGGAAUCAUGUCUACAAAGCUCGGUUUAUGUGAUCUGCGCGUCGCGCAACAGGGCAAUGUAGAAGUUUCGAAGUAUCGCAAGGAAGUAUCACCGCAGUUACCCCUUAUCGGCGACUAUCUGUUCCGUGCAGUAACGCCCGCCCUUGAAAAGGGCCUUGUCAAAAGACAAAAAGCAUCGCCUUACCGCGAACACCUCGCAGAGAUUCCAGGGCCAUUUGUAAUACUGGAUGGCGGUCCAGAGGAGGGCAAAAGAGUCGUUCUUUCUAGACGCACUUAG